AUGGCUAGUUCUAUCGACAAUAUGGACUCGACAACAGUAGUUCCUACUGUUGAUCGUGGAACGCAAACGGAAGAUUUUUGGGAUGCCGCCGAUUCGAAAACAACAGCCCCUACUGCUGGUAGCCGAUCUCAGGCCCCACGUCUUGCAGAGGUGAUUAAGAGUCAUAUUUCCAAGAAAAUGGAACCCGACAAGAAGGUCUGGCGUAGGGUCUACAUACCAGUAGAUGUCCUCGAAAAGACAAAACAACCCUGGAUCGAAGAGGGCUAUCUGGAACAAAACCCGUCGUACGGACAACCAUCUAAGAAGCCCAUCUGGAGCGUCUCUAGGGGUUUACCUCGUAUAGUACGUUGGGAGAAACAAGCUGAUGGGUCGACGAAACCUGUACCUAAAUCUGCUGAAGACCUAGCAGAGCGCGGACAGUGCAAUCUCACGAAUACCUCGCUGUCGCAGCUUAAGAAGCAAGAGAAUUUGGGAGCAGAUACGCGGGACGGCGCCGGCCAACUUAGAAAACGUACUAGCGACACAGAGAAGACCAACAGCGAAUCAUUGGGUCCACGAGAUCGUGAUGAAGCAGGACAAGGAGAGAAACCUUUAGAAAAACGGCAAAAUUGGUGGGCCCGAUUACGAGCGAAGCACUCGGAGCCGUUUGCCGAAUUUCUUGCGACGUUGAUAGCUGUAUUUAUGGGAUUAGCAGCGAAUCUUUCUGUUAAUCUUUCUGCUAACCAAGCGACCCAAUAUGGCACAUACGAAACAUCGUGCUGGGCAUGGGGCCUUGCUUGGUCAUUUGGCGUAUAUCUAGCUGGCGGAAUUUCUGGAGCACACAUGAACCCGGUUAUCUCGGUCUGUUUUUCGAUUUUCCGUGGCUUUCCCUUAAAGCAAUGCUUCGUCUAUGUGCUCGCCCAAUUCAUUGCGAGUAUGGUGGCGGGUGCGUUAGUCUUCGGAAUUUAUCACAACGGCAUUCAACAUGUCGACUCCACAAUGACGGAUACGGCCAUGACCUUCUUUUCGACUCGACAGCCGUGGAUUCCGCUUGGCACGGCCUUUUUAAAUCAAGUUGUAGGCGGCGCAAUCAUGAUGAUUCUAGUCUUAGCGUUGUGUGGAGAAAGUACAGACAGCCCUGGAGAAGAUGAUGCCGCUGCACUGGCAUUUGGGCUGUUGCUUACGGUCCUGAAAUUCGCCUUAGGGUUUAAUGCCGGAUCAGCAUUAAACCCGGCUUCUGACUUUAGCAACCGCAUGGUUCUAUGGGGAGUCGGCUAUCGUGGACCAGAGACAUUCGGAGGAGCUGGUUGGUGGGUUUUGGGACCUUGGCUUGCCACUAUGCUCGGAUCUAUCAUUGGAUGCACAAUAUAUGACGGCCUGAUCUUUGUUGGUCCCGAGAGUCCAAUAAAUCGUCAUCACCAAUGCAAUCUCAAGAGGGAAGCCCAAAGACUCUUCAAGUCUGGCAAGAAAAACUAA